AUGGGCAGCAAGCGCUACGACUGGACUCGAGGCGGUAGAAUGGCCGACCGGUCGUGGACAAGGGAGGCGGCGGUCGCGGUAUCAGCCGAUGGCAACGGCCGUGAGACAACGAUCGGGAGGCGGGGGAUUCGAGAGGGCAACGGUGGCGCCGCGUUCAGUUUUUGCCCAAGCCCAGGUUUGACGUAUCUCGACUUUGGCAGCGGCGGUGGUGAGCGGCAGUCUGCCAGCGAUGGUGGGGCAUCAGACAUGGAAAUGGGAGGCAAAGCAGUGCUUGGUAGUUUCGAAGGAGAAGGAGAGUGGAACGAGCAAAAUGGUGAAUACAUCAGCCGUAUAUACACUGGUAAGCACGAGGUAUCCUCUUACACACCCCAUCAGGUUGCUGGCUUUACCUUUUGCUAUCCAAAUCAAGGCCUACACCUCAUCCGUUUCGCCAACUCGGGCCCAUAA